AUGGACUUGGCCACGGCGUAUUGCCGUAUAAAUCGUGCACGUGGAAUGGAUUUAAUAUCACCAGAUGAUUUACUUCGAGCUUGUCGACAACUGGAGAAAGAAAGUCUACCGAUACGACUGAAGUGUUAUGCAAAUGGACUUUUAGUUCUCCAAUUAGCUUCAGAAGAUGAAACUGAAACACUGAAAUCUACUGCAGAGCUAGUUGAAGAACGUGUCAGUUUGACAGCAGAUGAGCUGGCGCGUGCCUCAAAUCUUUCACCAUUUCUAGCUAAAGCACGCCUGUUGGCUGUUGAAGAAGCUGGUCUUAUCUGUCGAGAUGAUAGUGAAGCUGGCUUACGUUUCUAUCCAAAUCAUUUUCUAACACGUCAGGAUUAA